AUGGCUAGCGGGUCCGUUGCUGAGCUCAUGACGAACGAGGAGUAUAAGCGGAAAGUCGAGCAUUCAGUUGACCCAAUUGUUGUCACCUUCCUUUCCCCUUUGGACGAUAAAUGCAAGGCGGUCGCUUCGAAUAUUAGGGAGCUAAGCGACGAGUUCACAACCGUCAAGUCUACUUUGGGAAUAACUGGUAUCAUACUCCAGAGCGGCCAUAUGUGGUGCCGGUCGCUCGUUAUCGGGCAACAUCGUAGCCACAGUCACGUAUCCUGUCGGCCCGUAGGCAGCGAUGCUGGAGGAGUAGUGCAUAGCCUUAAGACGCUGAUGGUUGGCGAAUUCUAA